AUGUCUGAAGCUCAACCACUUCUUCAAGAUCAUCAAAGACGCAUCGUGGUUCCUGUUCGUGUGGAACCUAAAGUGUUCUUUGCGAAUGAACGAACAUUUCUUUCCUGGUUGCAAUUCACAGUUGUCCUUGGAGGUCUCGCGAUAGGACUUUUGAAUUUUGGCGAUCGAGUUGGUAGAAUAUCUGCUGGUUUAUUUACAUUUGUGGCAAUGGCUGUCAUGAUUUACGCACUAGUCAUAUACCAUUGGCGAGCCGAGAAAAUACGAAGGAGUGAAAGAGCACCAUAUGAUGAUCGACUAGGUCCCACGGUUUUAUGUAUUUUCUUGCUUGCUGCGGUUGUUACUAAUUUCACUCUCCGCUUCACUAGUGGAUAA